AUGAUCCAGUCAGUCAAAGCGGGGCGUGAGGCGGCGCGGGCAAACGCGCGUGCCCGGGUGGCUACAUUUGUUCUCCCGUGUGGUGGCCCCGACGAGCCGCCCCUGCCGCAGCAGCCGCAGGGGCGCCAGAAACCACCGGCCAGCACCUUUCCAGGCGCCAACGGCGCCCCUCCGUCUUUGGUGCCGCCGCCGGCGGUGGCGCGGGCACUGCAGCUUGCGGAGGAGCGCGCCGAGAAGCAGCGUGCAGCCCAGGCGCGCCAGGAGAAGGAGACUGUUGCUGCCAUGGUGGCACGCAAGGCAGUGUUGGAUGCAGAGGCAGAGGCCAUCAAGGAGGAGCUGCGAAAAAAGCGGCAGCUGCUCGCGGUCCCCAAGGAGUUUGGGCUGGUGGCGGGCACGGCAGUGGCGUCAUUUGUUGUCCACCACAUCUACAUGGCCACGAAGGUCGUCAAGGCACGCAAGAAGUACGAGGUCAAGUACCCCGCCCUCUACGCCGACAAGGACAACUGCCCCAACGAGGCCAACCGGACGGCGUUCAACUGCGUGCAGCGCGGCCACCAGAACAGCCUGGAGAACCUGCCCACGUUCCUGGGCCUGCUCACCAUCGCCGGACUCAAGCACCCCCUGACGGCGUCCGCGUUUGGUGCGGCCUACCUGCUGGGACGCAUCGCCUACUUUGAGGGCUACAGCUCCGGUGACCCCACCAAGCGCGUCAACGUGGGGACCCUGAUUGGGUACAUUGGCCUGUUUGGUCUGGCUGGCACCUGCAUCAAGAUCGCCUCUACUUUCUUCGCCAAGUGA